AUGACGUAUGUCCACCCACGAAAAGCCGCCUUAGGCGAUUCUCGCUUGGACCGACCUUCCGUACCGACCGAAAACCCGGGAACCGACUUCACUCCCCCCCCCCGCCCCACCGAAUGUCAUCGGGGGUGCCGUACUCGAGUAAAUCCAGCCCUCUUCUUUCGGUGGUGCUGUUUCCGAACACCACACCAAAAUUCAUCUUGUGAAAACAAAUAACUCACGUGACUUCGUUACGAGAUUGCAAUUCCCAAUACGGUACGAGUAUUGCAGGCUGUUGCGCUUAAUUUACCCGAGAGUGAUGAGGUUGAGGGAGGGAGGGAUACUGUAUCGUAAGAUAUUUGGGCUACCAGCAUCUGUAGCUUGAGUAGACUACUCGUAGGUACUUUACUGUGGCGUUAUGAGAGUUAUUGAU